UGUUUAUUGUUUCGAAUGGAUCGCCGACCCAUUCUAUAUAGGCCAUACCUCGGCUUCUUCCUAAUGCUUCAUGGGUGGCAAUACUCGCCUAUGGCGGUCGACCGAUACUCUGUCGACACCUGUUCAAGGCAGCGAAGUCCGACUCACCCUGAUCCGACACGGUGGAUUAUCCUCCUCCGCAAACCUAGCUUCUUCGAUUGGAGUUUCUCAUCUGCCGCCGCAUCUGUUUCCAUCCUAAUUCGUGCCAACGUCUUUCCCGGCGACGGAAUUGGGCCUCACAUUGCCAAAUUCGUCAAACAGAGUAAUGUUGUGCGUUCCUGUGUAAUGUUGAUGAUCUACUUGAUUGUGGAAGGAAUGACUCUUAGCAUGGAGGAUAUAUCUCUUUCUUGCUCGCUUCACUGUUUGACGCUCUUUCAUCCAGACUUUUGCCAGUUGAAAGCUAAG